CCCUCCCACAAACUCUCUUCUGAGGAAACGAAACUGAUCUGAGUCUCUCUGUCGUCUGUCUGUGAGAGAGUGAACAACCGUCCAAAUGGCUCAACAGGGAGUUCUGCUGGACCAGGACCAGUUCUGUUGUUCUGUCUGUCUGGAUCUACUGAAGGAGCCGGUGGCUAUUCCCUGUGGACACAGUUACUGUAGGAGCUGUAUUGAGGGCUGCUGGGAUCAGGAUGUGCUGAAAGGGGUCUAUAGCUGUCCUCAGUGCAGAGAGACCUUCACUCCAAGGCCUAAUCUGAGGAAAAAUAACAUGUUGGCUGAGCUGGUGGAGAAACUGAGGAAGACAGGACUCCAGGCUGCUCCCCCUCCUGCUCUGUGCUAUGCUGGACCUGGAGAUGUGGUGUGUGAUUUCUGCACUGGGACCAGAAAGCAGAAAGCCCUCAUGUCCUGUCUGGCGUGUCUGGCCUCUUACUGUGAGACUCACCUCCAACCUCACUAUGAAUUUCCUGGUUUCAAGAAGCACAAGCUGGUCAAAGCCACCGCACAACUACAGGAGAAGAUCUGCUCUCAUCAUGACAAACUGCUGGAGGUUUACUGUCGUAUUUCACUUCUCUCCUCAAGUCAGAGAGAGAGAGAGAGGGGCCCCUAUCCAAUCCCACUGACCCCACUGUUGGGAACAGGCAGUCUGGACCCCUUUCAGAGAAUAGACUGGUUCAUGUAACCGACUGAGCUGCCUCAUCACAUAACCAUGAGUAACCAUGACGACUCAUGUCCCCUAUACAUUAAAAUGGAACUGUCUCUCUCUCAAUUGAAUUACAUUCAUAGGGCUUUAUUGGCAUGGAAAUAUAUGUUUACAUUGCCAAAGCAAGUGAAAUAGACAAUAAACAAAAGUGAAAUAAACAAUCAGAAAUGAACAGUAAACAUUACACUUGGAAGGGAUUUGGGGGAUGGGGGAGGGUCUAUUAGAAGUUAGUAGGACUCUUUUAUUUUCUCAGAAGUACUGAGUUAGGUAGGAGGAUUUAGAGGUGUAAACCGUGAUUGAACACACUCCAGACCAGUAGGUGGCGCCAUGCACCUCUUAAAGGAUAGGGUGCAGCAUUUCUACUUUUUGAUAAAAAGCGUGCAAAAUUUCAACUUCCUGCUACUCAUGCCUGGAAUAUAGUAUAUGCAUAUGAUUAGUAUGUGUGGAUAGAAAACACUCUGAAGUUUCUAAAACUGGUUCAAUAAUGUCUGUGACUAUAACAGAACUUAUGUAGCAGGCAGAACCCC